AGGGGAUCUCUUGGUUAUUUCAUUGCUGAUUUGAAGUUGAAAAGUAUAUAAUUAAGUGAUGUGGUAGCUUGAUUGAUUUUUAUUUAAAUAACUUUACUAUGCUCGAAGAAAGCAAUUAUGAACAUUUAGCUGAAUUUUAUAUCAGUUUAAACGAGACUGUUGACAGUGAUCAUGUUUAUUGUUUGUGUAGCCGAGUUAUUAUUGGAGGAGAAGAAACAUUAAAUCAGGAAUUCUUUGAAGCAGAUGCUAUUGAAGAAAACACAGUUAAAUUUUUUUAUUCAUCUACAGAAUCACAUCCUCCUUCUAGAUCAGCUCAGAGUAAUAAGAAACGUGAGCAUGACGAUGGUGUAAGCUGCUAUUGUUCUGCUUCUCAUUGCUCAACUGAUGACUCUAUCAGAGAAGCACCUCAUUCUGAUAGUGGAGCAGAUUUGUCAGAAACAUCACCACAAGACCCGGAUUGGGAAGCUUAUUGGACAAAACAUGGUGAACGUCUUAUUUGGGAAUCUUGGAUCCAGAGAUAUGGGGAUUAUAUUGAUCCUACUUACUUGAAACAAGAUGCCAACCAAAUAGUCUCAGGUAACUCUGACAUUUUAGCGGAGACUUUUCAAGAGAAUGAGAAUAGUGAAUUGACUCGGCUUAGUUACAGCUCUGAAGUUAGUGACUCCCUAACAAAUAUCACUCCUUUGACACUGUCUGAGCUGUCUACUGAAGACUCAUCUCUUUUAUCAUCAUCCGACUCAGCUGGUUCUGGUUCAGUCGAUGUAGCUCAAUGGCAAACCCUCUGGAUUGACCAUUUUAAUACACAAUACAACAUUGCUUACCAGAGUUAUUUGGCUGGUCUUUCAUCUUAUCCCUCAAAUAAGUGGAUUCCAAUGAAUCAGAUUGAUCAGCCUCCUCAGUUAAUAAAAAGGAAGAAGACUAAAAGUAACAGUAAUAAUAGAAAACAUCACUUGGUUAAAAAUUUGUUAGAAGAUUUAAAAUCAAUAAGUAUGGAAACAGAUAUUAAGGGUGAUGGUAGUAGUCAUAAUUCUGAUGAUGAAGAACCUAUUGAAGUCAGUUCAAAAUCAGUAAAUUGUGCCAAUCUCGAUUCAUUGAAUACCAACUCUACACCGUAUUCAACAGAAAAUAAUUCAAAAACUUUGAAUGAUUCAUUUGCUGCUGGAUUGUCUACUCAGGUUGGAGAUAUUGAAGGAUUAAGAAUUAAAGGAAGAAAUGAGAGAGAAGACAAUAGGUUAAAAAGUGCAUUUGAUCUUAUUGGAAUGGCUUAUAGUGGUGAAGAAGUUAAAAGUGGAUCAGUGAUAUUUAGGAAAAGAAACAUCAGGUGGCAGAACAGAGCUCUAAACUUCAGACAUAGGUUUGACUGUUUUAAGAAACAGGCUUUUGGAAAUGACGUGAAAAAGGAAGACCAAUCACAAGAUUUUGAAGUCUGGCAUUUAGCGGGCUCAGGAGAUAAUAAAUCAGACUUUUCUGAAAAAGAUGAUAGCUCGAAUAGUGAAUUCUUUUCUGCUUCUGAAGAAGGGGAAAUGAGUAAGAAGGAAAAGAGGAAAAAAAAAAAGAAACGAAAAGGUUUACCUAAAGAGGUGUUAGAAAAUGAAAAGCUAUUGAAAUACUGGUACAAAAGAUAUCGUCUUUUUAGUAGAUUUGACGAAGGAAUCAAACUUGAUGAAGAAAGCUGGUACUCUGUCACUCCAGAAAAAGUGUCUAGUCAUACAGCUGAGAGGUGUCGUUGUGAUGUUAUGAUUGAUGCUUGUUGUGGUGCAGGAGGGAACACUAUUCAGUUUGCUUUUACCUGUGAACGAGUAAUUGCUAUUGAUAUCGAUCCUCAGAAAAUACAACUUGCAAGGCACAAUGCCAAAGUAUAUGGAGUAGAAGAUCGCAUAGAAUUUAUUGUUGGAGACUUUUUAAAGCUUGCACCUACAUUGCAAGGUGAUGUUGUGUUUUUGUCGCCACCUUGGGGUGGACCUGAUUAUGCUUCGCAGCCGACAUAUAACCUCGACAGGAUAAUGCCUCCCAUUGGUGGAGAAGCUCUUUAUUCUUCUGCAGCUAGCAUCACGCCUAAUGUCGCUAUGUUUCUUCCAAGAAACGUAAUUGCAGAUGAGUUGUUGAAGUUAGCUGGUCAUGGCUCAAGUCUUGAAUUAGAACAAAACUUUCUUGGAAAAAAAUUGAUAGCAGUGACUGUUUAUUUUGGAGAGCUGAUUGGUUCUUAUCAUAUGGAUGCUGAAUAAUGGAUCAUGAUGAAUAGUACAGAAGGGAAAAGUUAAAUAAAUAACAAAACAUUGGUUUUCUUUUACAAGUGCUAUGACUCUCUCUAUAAUGGGGAAGUGUAUUAUAUUUAUACUCUGAGUUUUUAGGAAUUAUUAUGUAUUGACUGUAAAUAUUCUGCUUAUUUUGUUAUGGUUUUUUAUUAAUUUAAUGCCAGUUUGUUUAGUGUGGUAUAAUGUAUAUUUCCUAGUUGUGAUGUUUUAAAAACAUUAGAUUGAUUUUACUUUCACAACUUUUUAAGUUUCAAAACAUUUCAGAAUUUGCUCAAUUGUUUCUUUAAAAGAAAUUUUCUCAUGGUGAUGAAGAUUGUUUUUAUCUGA